AUGGCAACGAACGAAGAACUCCAAGCAGCGAUUCUGCAGAUGACCCGGCUACUCCAGCGGUUGGCCGUUCCUCAAGCAACCAACCCCGAGCAGGUACUGGAGUCACUGUCGACGAACAUCAGCGAGUUCAGUUUCGAUCCGGAAAACGGCACCACUUGGUUUGCCCGUUACGCGGAUCUGUUCGAGAGCGACGCGCGAAGUCUGGACGAUGCAGCCAAAGUUCGGCUUCUGCUCCGGAAGUUGGACACGGCCUCCCACAGUCGCUACGUCAACUAUAUCCUUCCGAAGCUACCGAGGGACGUUUCGUUCGCCGACACCGUCAAGACGCUGACGAAAAUCUUCGGUAAGCAAACCUCCGUCUUCAACAAGCGAUACCAGUGUUUGCAGCUGGUUAAAUCCGAGACGGACGACAUCAUCAGCUAUGGUGGUAAAGUCAACAGGGCGUGUGAAGAGUUCGAGUUUCAAGACUUGAAGAUCGACCAAUUCAAGUGCUUGAUUUUCGUGUGCGGACUCAAGGCACCACGCUACGCGGACAUCCGAGCAAGGCUACUUUCCCGCAUCGAAGGUGAAACGCCAGAAGCGCCAGUGACGAUCCAGACUCUGAUCGAUGAGUUCCAGCGGCUCGUCAACCUCAAGUCGGACACCACGAUGAUCGAACAUCCAUCAAGUUCGAAGCAAUCGGUCCACAGCGUUUCGGAGAAGAAGCCUGGAAAUCGUCCACCGAGAACGGAAAGCAAGUCAAGCCCUCGUACUCCCUGCUGGCAGUGUGGUCAAAUGCACUACGUGCGUGACUGCUCAUUCUCGGACCACCUGUGCAAGGUAUGUAAUCGCGUCGGCCACAAGGAAGGCUACUGUGGCUGCGUGAAAAAGUCUUCAAGCGACUCUUCAACUCCACCCCGUGAGAAGAAGCAUGUGGUGUUCAGCGUCAUCGACCUCUCCGACGCGUAUCUCCAGGUGGAAGUCGACGAAGAAUCGAAGAAACUUCUCACCAUCAAUACGCACCGAGGUCUGUUCCAGUUCAACCGCCUAGCUCCUGGUGUGAAGUCAGCACCUGGAGCGUUUCAACGACUGGUCGACGGCAUGAUCGCUGACAUCCCUGGUGUUCGAACGUUUCUCGAUGAUGCCAUCAUAUUCGGACCAACUUGGGAAGCACACAAGGCGUCUCUGGACAUGCUACUGCAACGUCUGGAGGAAUAUGGAUUCCACGUCAAGCUGGAGAAAUGCCGGUUUUUCCAAACCGAACUAGGCUACUUGGGGCACAUCGUGGACUGCAACGGCAUUCGCCCGGAUCCGGAGAAGCUCCAAGCCAUCGCCUCCAUUCCGGCACCAACCAACGUUUCCGAACUGCGAUCAUUCUUGGGAGCCGUUAACUUCUACGGCCGAUUUGUUCGCAACAUGCAUGAGAUUCGUCAUCCUCUCGACAAGCUACUCAAGAAGGAUGCGAAGUGGCAGUGGAAUUCCGAUUGCCAACGGUCUUUCGAGCGAUUCAAGCAGAUUUUGCAGUCCGAUAUGUUGCUGACGCAUUAUGAUCCGAAGUUACCAAUCAUCGUAGCAGCGGACGCUUCAAGCACGGGCAUCGGCGCAGUAAUCUUCCACGAAUUCCCCAACGGACAUCUGAAGGCAAUCCAGCACGCAUCAAGAUCCCUCACUCCGGCGGAACAAGGUUACGGGCAGCCGGAAAAAGAAGCUCUGGCACUCACCUACGGCGUAACGAAGUUCCACAAGUACCUCCUAGGACGCCGAUUCACUCUUCUGACGGACCACAAGCCACUGUUAUCCAUCUUUGGUUCGAAGAAGGGUAUUCCAUUGCACACCGCAAAUCGCCUUCAACGGUGGGCGUUAAUGCUCCUCAACUACGAUUUCGACAUCCGCCACGUGUCCACCAACGACUUCGGGUGCGCCGACAUGCUGUCCAGGUUGAUCGACCGUUCCAAGCAACCCGAGGAGGACUACGUCGUAGCAGCGAUUUCCCUGGAAGAAGAUAUGGUAAGCAUUAUCCACGACACUAUCGACCAGGUACCAGUCUCUUUCAAAGCCAUUCAGGAAGAGACGAAGGCAAAUGAAGCUCUACAAACGGUGUUGAAGUUCAUCCGUGACGGUUGGCCAAACGAUGCACGGUCAAUCACAAACCCCGAUGUUCGUCCGUACUUCAACAGGCGGGAAUCCCUCACCCACGUCGACGGGUGUAUAUUGUUCCACGACAGGGUUGUCGUUCCAAACAAAUUCCGAAGGCAAGUUCUGAAGCAAUUUCAUCGUGGACAUCCCGGCAUGGUACGCAUGAAGUCGAUUGCCCGCAGUUUCGUCUACUGGCCGGGGAUCGACAACGACAUCGAGGAUUACGUUCGGCGGUGCACUCCAUGCUGCACUGCGGGAAAGGCACCAAUCAAAACAACGCUUGAAUCAUGGCCCAUUCCAGACAAGCCGUGGUCCCGCAUCCAUGUGGAUUACGCCGGACCUGUGGACGGUGUAUUUUUCCUGGUGGUGGUGGACCCGUACACCAAAUGGCCUGAAGUGUACGCAACGAAAACUACCACGACGAAGACAACAACGAAGCUACUCUCUCAAUCGUUCGCAACGUUCGGAGUACCGGAAACCAUAGUAUCCGACAAUGGUACUCAGUUCACCAGUCACGAAUUCAAGACGUUCUGCGAACAGCAUGGCAUCCGCCACGUCCGCACUGCACCAUUCCAUCCACAAUCCAAUGGGCUAGCAGAAAGGUUCGUGGACACGCUGAAGCGGACUCUUCGGAAAAUUCGAUCGGGAGGAAACACACUGGAGGAAGCGCUGCAGACAUUUUUGCAAGUUUACCGGUCAACUCCAACGGCCGACCUCGGUGAAAAGUCUCCUGCAGAGGUGAUGUUCGGACGACCGAUCCGUACAGUUUCGACGUUGUUACUACCGCCCAAGCAUUCCGCACCAGAACUACAACCGAAGGCCAGGAAGCAGAACGAGCGUUUCAACAAGAAGCACGGAGCAGUUUCGAGGAAGUUUGCUCCCGGCGAUCUCGUAUAUGCUCAAGUCCAUCAAGCGAAUUCCUGGCAGUGGCAAGCCGCCACGGUCAUCGAGCGUAUCGGCAGUGUAACGUACAACGUUUUCCUGGAGGAUCGUCAGAGGCUCAUCCGCUCGCACACAAACCAGCUCAAGCACCGUGCGGUUGACUCUGCUCCAGAUCCUGUUCCGAGUCAAAAUUCAAGCCCACUAUCGAUAUUCUUCGACGGCUUUGGAUUAGAUGUGGCGUCUCAAGCAGUUCCGAAUCCGGCACCCGCCGAACUGGAUCAGCGCAACCUGGAAAUAGGAACAGACGAGUCAGAAUAUUUUUCAGAAGAUGACGAUGAAGAACCGCCUCAACCAGAUCCAGUACCAAUCCCGGUUCCGGCAAGGGAGCGGCGGCAGACCCGUUUACCAGCAAGAUUCGAGCCCUACUGGAUGACUUAAGGGGGGAGAUGUUCGAUCCUAGCAAUCGCAGCAAUCAUUGACUGCGGUGCAUAAGAAAAUUAUUUCAUUCGAAGUGUAACUGUCAACCAGAAUAAACGUAUUGUAGUUAGCACUACAUUUUUGAAAGUUUUAUUUCUGGAAGUUCCGGAAGUAUCUGGAAGAAACACUUCAGUUUUGUUUGGUGCUUUGUUUACGAAAGUGAAAGGCGAAACUGAAAUCAACACGUAAACACGGCGAUAGUAGAAGGCGAAACUGAAAUCAAAACGUAAACACGGCGAAAGCAAAUGGCGAAAUUCUGUCAAAAUCAUAAACAAGGCGAAUAGUAAAAGGCGAUUCUGAAAAUAAUAUCGAUUCGAGGCGCAUAGUAUUGGGCGAAAUUAGCAUUCUCAGGUAUCAAUUCAGGCGUAAUCAAAUAAAUGCAAUUUUUAGUGCAAAAAAUAACAAAUUCGUGCAGUGUUCUUAUGUCGUUUUCGUUUUUGCGGUGGAGCUACACCGGUGUAGCACUUUUGCACCGAAAAUGUUCGUUUUUGAUUUUCGUGCUACACCGGUGCAGCACUUUUUCUGCACCGCGCAUGAUAGUGUAGCACUCAAAAAAUCGGGAGUGUAGCUGGUGCACACCGUGUCCACCAAUCAGCGUUUGCAAAGUUGUCAAUAUUUUGGUGUUUAUACACGUACACCAAUGCAACUGCACCGAAAAUGUUCGUUUAUUCUGCAAAAAGUGUAGCACGAAGCGGUGUAGCACCGCCGCAAAAACGAAAACGACAUUAGAAAAAUAAGAAACUAUGUCAGAACUGUAUCAAUAAACUUUAUUUAGAUUGAAUUAUUCUGUAUUACUUCUAAAUAGGAAUUAAAAUUUGAUCGGCAAAAUUCGGUUGUUGUUUUCGCAUUGUUAUUGCUUUGUUAGUUACGCCCUAUUCGCGAAUUACUCCCGAUAUGAAUCAAUGAAUGAAUCCCGGGGAAACUGCUGGUAAUAAGUCUAGGGGAGUUCCAGGGACAGUUUCCGACUGGAGCAAUUCCUUCAAAAUAAAACAAGAAAAUUAAACUCGAAGAGGGAAAUUUUGUUACCAGACUAGCGGUGAACAAGCAAUGAUUCUAAUGUCUGUAUUGAGUAAGUAUUUAGUAGUAGGUAUAAUCAUUGACGGUAUAACGAACAGACACCACUUGUGUACGACACCCGUUCUGUCGAUCGGGAGUCGAGUCAGUCUAUGUUCAGACGCGGCGUCUAUCGGCCACCGGGGCGCGACUCGUGAGAGUGAAAUCGUAUUGGUCGAUACAAGAUGGCGAACAGGAUGAAAAUUGGUGCGUGGUAAAGAAAAAAAUCAAAUGUGCUUUAGAAAAGAUUUGUGCAAAAAGAAAUAAAAUAAAAAAGCGUUAUAAUUUACGUGAGUGAAUGGUAGAAUGUGAUGAAAUUAUUGCGUGAGCGGGAUGAUCAAGAAAAUUUUGAAAAAUGGCGGAUAGUUCGUGGCGUCAGCAUGGAUGAAAUAGUGGUCGGAAGAGCGUGGUUCGAGAGAUGUGUAUGUGCGGGGAGAUGAAGUGAUAGAAAAGCAAAACGAAAGCCGAACAGCAAACGAAGAGGGUUAGCAGUUGAAAGUGAUGGUGAAGAAAAGCGAGCUUUUUUUGGGAAGAGAAACUCAGACCAACGGGUGACAUGUUUGUAUUGGUGAGGUAUUUUUGGAAAGUGCUAUCAGCCAUAAAAAAAAAGCUCCGAAGAUUUUUUAAUACAUGAACAGCGGCGUUAUGAUUGUAGUGGUACUGAUAUUGCCGAAAAGCUGGUGAAACGGUAAAACCACAUGUUUUGUGCACGGGGUGAAGAAUGGAGCAUCAAAUGUUUUGGCAUGCAGGUAUUUCUCAUGGGACAUACAAUGGUUUGUUUGUGCAUAUGAAAACCGUGGGCUGAGAGCUGCGUGCUGAAAAGUAUAUGUGAAUGAAAAGGUUAAGAUGUGUGCGCUUCGUGCUGGAAUGUUUGUCGGUGGGUGAUGAUUGAAACGAGUCAGCUACGUGCCGUGCUAAUGUAUUGUGUGCUGGGCUGUGGAAUUUAUCGAAGGGGCGAUCGAGAAGGAGUUUUCUGCUGUGUAUGAUGGAUAUUGUGAAAUGGUUUAUCAAGACAUUGCUAGAGGUAUGCAUGUAUAUGUAAGAAUGUAGAAGCCUCGGAGAUUAGAGAAUGUAAUUCUCUACAGUAUGUACAAAUGGAACUGCUGAACAAAGGUAAGAAUUUUCCAAUUAUAGUAAACAAAUUCCUGGAGUUGAGUGUAGGUUUAUAUUUAUCGAUUCAUAUUGGGAUAUAUAUUUGGGGGAAUCAUAUGCUAGUAUGCGGUUGUUGCUGGUCGCCACAGAUUUAUUGCCAUAGGGAUGAAUGCGGUUUGAAUGCUUUUAGAAAUAAAUUGAUUUUUUUUAUAAAAUGAAAGUGCAAAGAGGUUUUACUUACUUUUUUAACAGAUGCCGCAGUUAUGCCGGCGUUUAAAAUAGGAUCAGAUCCUCGAAACGACUGGUUGAGAUGGAAAAGAGCAUUUGGCAGAUUUGUCAUUGCAAAUGCAAUUUCCAAUGAUGAAGAGAAGUUCAACCUACUCUUGGUUCUUGGGGGUAUCGAGUUACAAACCUAUUUCGAUAAAGUGGACAAAGUUCAAGUCGGUGUCAUUGGCGACAAUGACUCGGAAAUGCAGAUUACGAAAUACGAUUCUGCGGUUGUUGCGCUCGAUAAUUACUUCGCACCUCAAUUGAACAAGAGAUUCGAAAGGCAUCAGUUCAGAGCCAUGAAGCAAGACCAGCAAGAAAAUUUUGAGGAAUUUGUUUUUCGAUUGAAAGACCAAGCAGAUCGGUGCCUAUUUCCAGACGAUGAUGAUAUGAUCGUAGAUCAAGUCAUCGAAGGCUGCUGGUCAACCGAACUGAGGAAGAAACUUUUGACGGAAGAGAAGAGCCUAGCUGAAGUUUUGCAGAUCGGGAAAACAAUGGAAGAAGUCCAGAAACAGUUUCGACAAUAUGGAAAACCGAACUUCAGCGUGGAGGACAACCCAAAUCCAAUAAUAAAUAAGCUGUCAAACUAUCGCCAAACGGAAAAAGGAGUACCUGGUGAAAAUUCACGGAAAUGCUAUAACUGUAAUAGGCCCGGACAUAUUGCCAAGGACUUCCAAAGAUGCCCGGCUCGAAAUGUGACUUGCUUCAAUUGUGGUUCAAUGGGUCAUUUCAGAGCCCGUUGCAGAAAGAGAAAACAAGAAGACACGAAGAGACAAGAUGGUUAUAAAAGAAAGGUGUACGCGGUUGUGGAAAGUAAACCGGAUGAAUGGAACAAAACUUUGGAUAAGGCAGUAUUUUUUGUUGAUGAGGGCCCGAACUCCGAAAAACUCUGCUUCAAUAUUGGAGGUGUAUCAACAUCGAUGGUAGUAGACUCUGGUUCACCCGCAAACAUCAUCCGAGAGCAGACAUAUUUGAGACUGAAGGAACAGGGAGCAAAAAUCAUAAAUGAACGCGGCACCGAUCAAAUCGAAUCAUACUAUGAAUCAUUUGCUUCAGAAGAGAAAAUACUGUUCACAAAGGCGUUCGAAGCAGAAAUAAGCAUUCCAGGAGAGGAGAAUGGCUGCUGGACACACAUCCUGGUGGCACCUAAAGGACAGACGGAUCUUCUUAGCAAAUCGACAGCUUUCGCUUUAGGAGUACUGAGGAUUGGAUACAAUGUCAACAAGUCGGUCAACAACGUGAUCCAAGAGAGAGCAACGGAAAACCAACUAUGCAACGAGUUUCCUAAGGUUCCAGACAUGCCCUUGAGGAUAAAACUUGAUGAUAACGUAAGUCCCGUUAUACAGCCUGUGCGCAGACUUCCACUUUCAAUGGAAGCGGAUGUAGAAAAGGUGAGUCUUUAGUGUUCAAUCUAGUUAUAAAUAAAAGGUUCAUGUGCGAAAAUUUAUUUAAAUCAUUAUCUUAGGUGAUCCAAGAUCUGCUUGAUAAGAACAUUAUCGAAAGAACAGAUGGUCCAUUAUCCUGGGUAUCACCAUUAGUCCCCAUUCGGAAAACCGACGGUCGGAUUAGACUCUGUGUGGACAUGAGAGUUGCAAAUCAGGCCGUAAUACGAGAAAAUUAUCCGAUGCCAAACAUAGACGCUGCUAUAGCCUCUAUACCAAAAGUAACCAAGUUGUCAAAAAUUGAUCUGGAAUCGGCAUACUACCAUUUUGAGCUAGACCAAAAAAGUCGAGAUAUAACGACAUUCGUUUCGCGCAGUGGAACAUAUCGAUUUUGCAGAUUGAUGUUUGGUAUCAAAUCUGCACCAGAAUUGUUUCAACGAGCAAUGGAGAUUCUGUUUCGUGGAAUAGAAGGUCUUAUAGUCUUUAUGGAUGAUUUUUUGAUUCAUGGUAGCACAGACGAAGAACACGACUUGAGAUUGGCACAAGUCAUGAAUCGUAUCGACGAAUUGAAUAUGAGAAUCAAUGAAUCGAAAUCAGUUUUCGGAGUUACAGAGACAGAAUUUUUGGGACACACGAUUGGAAUAUCCGGUAUAAGACCAACGCAAGAGAAAGUACAAGCUAUUUUGAGUCUGCGACCUCCAAGGAAUCUAACCGAGCUGAAAUCAUUGCUAGGAAUGAUCACUUUUGUUGGAAAAUUCAUUCCGAAUUUGUCAACCUUAACCUAUCACAUGAGAGGAUUAUUAGUGAAAGAUGAAGCGUUUCUGUGGAGAGACGUUCAUACGAUGGAACUGGAGAACAUCAAGCGUAUGCUUGGAAACGUCAAAUCGUUGGGAUUUUUCGAUCCAUCCGAUGAAACAUUGCUGAUUACAGAUGCUAGUCCGGUUGGGGUUGGGGCAAUUCUUGUCCAGAAGAAAGACGGGAUAUCCAGAGCUAUUUAUUGUGCAUCACGUAGUUUGGCGUCACAUGAGAGGAAAUACUGUCAGACGGAAAAGGAAUGCCUCGCAAUCGUCUGGGCUAUGGAGAAAUUUUACAUUUAUCUCUAUGGGAAGAGGUUUACUCUAGUGACGGACUGCAAACCCCUCCAAUAUCUUUUCAACCGUGCGCAGUCCAAGCCAUCUGCGAGAAUCGAGAGAUGGAUUUUGAGAUUACAGGCGUUCGAUUUUGAUGUGAGGUACGAACCGGGAGAUCAAAACCUUGCAGAUUCCUUGUCUCGGUUGGCUGUGACUGACACAAGUUUUUCAGGAGAACCUGAUGUUAUAAAAUGGGUAAUAGACGAAGUGAAACCAGCGUCUCUUCCACUGUCGGAACUGCAGACUGCUACCCUUCGAGACGAAGAACUGACCAUGGUCAGACAGGCAAUUGAGAGUGGAAUAUGGGAUGACGUACCGGUUCAAUACAGAACAGCAACAAUUAAAGACGAUUUGUCACACUGCGAUGAUCUGAUUUUAAGGGGAGACAGGAUCGUUGUUCCGCGACAACUUCAAGAGAGAAUUGUACAGUUGGCUCACAUCGGACACCAAGGAAGCACGGGCAUCAAAGCACAUCUACGGUCAAAGGUCUGGUUUCCCGGCAUGGAUAAAAUGAUUGAACAAACUGUGAGAAGCUGCAAACCAUGUCAAAUGACUGGACUUCCCGAUAAACCAAAUCCAAUCACACGACGCAUACCGACGGAGCCGUGGCAAGACCUUGCGAUGGACUUCAAAGAAGGAUUGCCUUCAGGAGAAUCUCUACUCGUUGUAGUGUGUUAUACCAGCAGGUUCAUCCAAAUCGAACCGAUGUCUCCAGCAACGUCACAAAAAGUUAUAAGAGCAUUGCUAAAGAUGUUUGCAUCAUUCGGGAUUCCUCGUUCUAUUACAGCAGACAAUGGUCCUCAGUUUCGAUCAUCAGAGCUCAAACAAUUUUGUGCGAGUUUCGGUAUACAUUUAAACCUAUCUACGCCGUAUUGGCCGGAACAAAACGGGGCCGUAGAACGACAAAUGAGGAAUUUGGGACGUCGAAUUAAGAUCAGCACCAUCCAGGAAUCAGAUUGGAAAUCAGAUCUCUUGGAAUAUAUUCUCAUGUACCAUUCUACACCACAAGAAACAACAGGUAUCUCUCCAGGUCGAAUGAUGUUUGGAAGAGAAUUGACGAACAAAAUUCCUUCCAUCCACAAAAACCAAAGUUUAUUUUUGGAGGAAUCAAGGGAUCGCGAUAUGAUGCUGAAAGAGAAAAACAGGAUAAGAGCGGACUCAACUAGACGUGCUACACCACACACGAUUCAGGUAGGAGAUACAGUGAUCAUGAAAAAUUUGAAGCAGGGAUCGCUACAGCCUACUUUCACUUCCGAAGAGUUCAUGGUCACUGAAAUAAAAGGUGGGGAGAUAACUGUAAGAUCAGCAGAUUCUGGUAAGACAUACAAGAGAAAUAGUACACAUUUCAAAGUAUUGAAAAAGGGGGUAGAGGGUAGAGAGGUAGAGGAAUCUAUGUUACACAUUUCAGAAGAAGAAGAAGGUUCGGAAACACAAGAAACAAGUGAGGUACUCGGAAAUCAAGGUACCGCUAGACAACGACGAUCAGUUCAAGUGCCAGGAAGAUUCAAAGAUUUUGUAUUGGAAUAGUUCUAAAGUAAAAGAGUCUGUGACUACACGUGUAAGGGUGAUUCACAAAAAAAUUAUAUAUAAGAGAUAUACAAAUAUAAAUAAGACAGUUCAUAUUCAACUCGUGUAUGGCACAUCCGAAAUAAAUUGAAGCUAACCAAUUACUUUAAGUUGGGAGAGAUGUAUUGAGUAAGUAUUUAGUAGUAGGUAUAAUCAUUGACGGUAUAACGAACAGACACCACUUGUGUACGACACCCGUUCUGUCGAUCGGGAGUCGAGUCAGUCUAUGUUCAGACGCGGCGUCUAUCGGCCACCGGGGCGCGACUCGUGAGAGUGAAAUCGUAUUGGUCGAUACAAUGUCGUUUUCGUUUUUGCGGUGGAGCUACACCGGUGUAGCACUUUUGCACCGAAAAUGUUCGUUUUUGAUUUUCGUGCUACACCGGUGCAGCACUUUUUCUGCACCGCGCAUGAUAGUGUAGCAUAAAGUGACCAGAUGAUCAGAGCUCGAACGCGGGACAUUAAUUUGGAAAGAUGCAUAGUAACGUGAAAUCAUGAUCUACUUUUUUUUUGUUGACGAAUACGUAACGAUUUUUCUUUUGUUCUUAGAAUAUGAAGCACUCAUUCCUUCUACCAAGCAUAUCUUUCUGCGUUGUGAGCUUCGCAGAAGUGGGACAAACUCAUAAACAUUUUUUCUACAGUCUUCAAAAGCAACCUGAUAAUUGAAUCUAGCUGUCAAAAAUGGUUUUAAUAUUUCAACUCUCAAUUGCUUUCAAAAUUAAAAUUAAGGUGCUUCGUACAUAACUGAAACAAAAAUCGUUUAUUACAGCAUUUUUGGCUGACAAGCAUGACGUGAACUCUACAAUUUUUUGAGGUUAUUUUUACCCUCAAAUUGCCUGAAAAUGUUAACCAAUCUAGCUUCUGCUUGUCCAAUUUUGUCAUUUGCUUACUGUUUUCUUAAGUAGCUUGGAUGCUUCUCUGUCAACAUUGAUUAACUUAUUGGAUGAAUUUAAUUUACGAGCGUACUCGUACCAGUCAAUGAAGGUUUUGAUAUUCACCCAUUUGAAAAAAAAAAUAACUGUCAAAAUAAAUUUCCAAUAAAAGUUUACUAUACUGGGUUCGGAAAGAUUUUAACUUCGGGCAACGAAUUCCCUCCAGAUUUUUCAUCUGACUGUGCGCAGUGCGCACUUACAUAGUUUUCUGCCCUGAAGUUUGAACUUGAGACAGUUUCGUUUAUUACUUUUGUAAUUGUACUCUUGUAACUCUCUAUUUUCUUCACCGAACUGUAAAAUGAUGCUGUCUGACUGUGCAUAAAAAUCAACCAAAUAUUCGAUUUUUUUUCUUUUAAAAUAAAAAAAAUGCUAGGACAUUUUUAUCGCUCGAUAAAAAAAGCUUUCAAUAGAUUAAACUUUACUGUAACCCACAAUCUUCAUGUACUUUCUCGCCAAAAUCUUUCAGUUUUUGAACUCUGAUGUUGAAAGUUCCGUUAACCUUCUUUGUGCAUUAGCUUGCGCGCACCUCGCUGACCUAGUGCACGUUUAGGGGUCAUAAUGACCCUAACACACGAAGAGGGUUAAUAUGUUUGAUGUGAUUUGUGCUUUGUACAAAACCGGUUUGACUAUUUUGGCUUUGAAAUUAGUACAUACAAUAUUUUGAAUGCUUGUUGAAUUUUUUUCAAACGCGGGACAUUUUUACGAUUUGAGACGAACGCGGGACAUUUCGCGGGACAUAAUUUGUCGCGGGACAUUUGGUCAAAAUGCGGGACUGUCCCGCGAAACGCGGGACGUCUGGUCACUUUAGUGUAGCACUCAAAAAAUCGGGAGUGUAGCUGGUGCACACCGUGUCCACCAAUCAGCGUUUGCAAAGUUGUCAAUAUUUUGGUGUUUAUACACGCACACCAAUGCAACUGCACCGAAAAUGUUCGUUUAUUCUGCAAAAAGUGUAGCACGAAGCGGUGUAGCACCGCCGCAAAAACGAAAACGACAUAA